AUGUUCAUUUUCAUCAUAGUCGAAUUACCGCAAGGAUUGCUAGCUGUUCUAUCUACCGUAACCGAACUGCAAUUAAUCGUUGUUCUGGUGUGCGAAUCGUUCACGGAGAUGAUCACCCUGCUCACGUCCUGUAUAAUCUUUGCGUUGUUCUGUUUGAUGAAUGGUAAAAUCCGAUCGGCUUUCAAGGAAGCGCCAUGCUUCCGAUGGUUGGAGAGAUGGACAAGACAUGCGAUCGAAAGCAGAAUUGGUCGGUCGGUUGCACGUGACAAAUUACUCGACUGUUCCAUUACCACCAAGAAAGCCGUCGACACGUCAAAUAACUAUGCAGUUUUAUGA